CGCAAAGUAUCGCUAAUCGAAGGACAGACUCGGAGCGGUCGGCAACGACGGCGCGAGCUCGACGUGUUGUUCGCAAUUCAAAAUGCAGCCUGCAUCUUGAGGUCUGAAGCCGUCACAAGGUAUAAGGAUGUGACUCCGCGUGGCGUUCGGUCUUCCUGCUAUGAGCCGAGAUCCGUCGGCGUGAGAGCGUGAGAUUAAUGGAAGGUGCGGCGGAGGAGUGCGGGGAACAGCCGGAGAAAGGGCAGAACGAGACGGUAGUAAGCGACACGCUUCCAACCGGGAAUGACGAUCCAUCAAUCGCUACGGACGUGGAUCCGGGCGAGGCCGAGACCGAGCCGCCUCCCGAUUGGCUGGGGCCGCUGGAGGACUGUGAAGACGAAGGUGAUGAAGGUGUAGAGACUGAGAAGAGCAGUGGGCGAAGAGGCAGAACGAGCAGAAAUGCUUCGCGGAAGCGCGGGAGGCCGUCGGUGUCUUCGAGCAGUCUCUGGGUGGAUUGUCCUGCCCUGGGAAAUGACUGGAAACGCAAAGUCAUCUUUUGGCGUGCAGGCAAAACUGCUACGUAUUACUUGAGUCCCAAAGGGGUGCGGAUCAGAAGUAAAGUCCAGCUUGCCAAACAUCUCAAGGUUGACCUGUCUCUCUUUGACUAUAAAGAAGGAAUCUUUGUGGAUGCUCUUACCCCAAGAAAGCGCCGGAAAACUCGCGUGAAAGAAGGCACCAGGCGUUCCCGUCUUUCCUCCAGAGCCACCGCUCGGGCCCGGAAUCGCACCCCAGAAACCUUAACCAUGUCUCCUCAGAACGGGCCCCUCAGCCCUCAGACUCCUCAGCUCAUCCCAAUACAACCCUCCACCUCUCCGCCUCUAAACAGUUCCUAUAGAAGCCCCCCAGAGCUUACCCGUGUCUCUCCAACCAUCCUCCAACAGCCCAGCCCUUCACCAUCACUCAAACUCGACGAUCUCUCAGUUCAAACCAACUCGGUAUCCCACUCCUGGCUCCAGUCCUCUCUGGCCCCUGUUAGUCCCACCAAAUCCCCAGAAAGUGACUUCCCUACUUACCCGAAUGGCCAGAAUGCCAUGAAAGACUCUCCCUACCUCCAUUCACCCCCUCACAUACAGCUUAUUGUGGACCCUGAUGGAGGAAUGCAAGAUCGUGGGCUCCCUCCUCUCGAAGGCUGUGCAAACUGUGGUCGUAAAUACCCUGGGAUGGGUAAAGGAAAGCAGCUGCUGUGUCCCAAAUGCAGACCGGGGAGAAAUCAACAUCCUCACAUUAUCUUCAAAAAGGUGGGCCAGGACAGGUGGAUUCUGGGAAACUCCAAAAAUGACAUUUCCAUUGAAAAGCGGAUCUUUCCUCCCUUAGGGAAGAGACGCCACCAUUCUAGGUCACUGCGAUUGAUGGCUCAACAGGAAACGGAAAAGAAGGCGAUUAAGAAUGAAGUGCAGCAGGACAGCGAUGAUGAGGACGACGGGCCGGACGCUGGACCUGACGACGACGACGAUUAUGGUCCAAGGAAACGCAAGCGGCGAAUGUGCGGUCAGUGCAAAGCCUGCCUCCGUGAAGAGAACUGUGGAAAAUGCGAUUUUUGCCUGGAUAAGACCAGAUACGGCGGCCCAAAUAAGCUGAGGCAGAAAUGCCGGUUCCGUCAGUGUCAGGUCCGGUCUCGCCUUCAGUUUCCUUCUCAGACAGGGUCACUUAAAUAUGCCAGAUCUGUUGGCCUGGUGGACUCCGGACAGGGCGAGCCAAGCACCCGAAAGCACGCCAGGCACUGGGGGAGGCGGAAAAUGAAGCAUCGCUCGAGAAGCAACAAGCACUGCGUGGACGAUGAAAACGAUGACGACGGCAAAUCUGAAGGCAGGCGCUCGAGCAGGAAAGGACAGAGGGGCAGGCCAAAGAAAUAUGCACGCCGUCAUAAACAGAUCAAAGACGAAGGACAGGUUAAGAGGUUGGAUCCAGAGAUUGAAGAGGACGGAGCAGGUGACCUGGAGCAGGAUCCAUUUGUGGUGUGUGAUGAUGGCAGCAGUGGUUUUUACGAGUCCGAAGAGCUCUACUCAAACAACUACCUUCAGAAUGGCACUGACCUUGAUAUGGUCCAGAGCAGGGACCAUCAGCCAAUGCAGGUGGAAUACACGGAGCUUCCUCAAUGCCCUGAGCUGGUGUACACUGUCCCGUGUUUGCCUGAUGGUUCUCAGCUGCUGAGCUCAGUCCUGCCUAACGGUGUUCCACUCCAGCUGGAUGCUGUGCCAGGCACACACGUGCCCCUGGUGCUGAAUGAUGUGCCCAGAAAAUCCAUGCCUCAACAGCACACAGAGGUUCUUUCCAGCAACGCCACGUCCUUGUGGUUGAGCGAUCUUCUGAGAAAUCAGGGAUUUAACCUGGUCGAGGUUGAUACGACUAUCCAGCAAAUGGUUCCGGCUCUGCUCACAGCUCCUCCGAGCCAAGAACUUGAGUGCCAGGGUGAAUCUGGGACUCUGGACACAUCGCCUGAGAUCUACAGCCUUCCAGACUCCACCGAGAGAUCCUCGGUGCGGGACUCGGCCCUGCUGGAGCUGCUGACUUCUCUGCGGCGCACCAUUCUCCCUGCGCACUGGGUGGGCGUGAUGGCUAACGGGCCGAUCCUACAGCUCUUCCAGUGUUCCAAACUCUCGCCCAUGGCCGACACGGUGCUGCAGAUCGAGCCGGACUUCCUCUAUCAGAUCAGCGUGCAGAACCAGCCUCUGCUCCCCACGCACGCCGUGUACGAACGCCACCCGGACCGCCUUGCAUCCGUCAGCCAAGUGGUGACCCUGCUGCUCGACCUGGAGGAGCUGAACGUGUGUCAGGGCUACCAGAGCUUUGAGGCGAACUCGCAGAGAGAGCCGCUGCUGUGCGCUCGUGCAGCGUUGUGCCAGCUGCUCGUCCCGCAGGAUGAGGACUGCUGCGAUAAAUGCCAGGAGUGCAACCCUGUCAUAACAAGCUAGUGUGUGAGGCUCGGGGAAAUUCUGCGAAAACCAACGGUUAGAAGGGAGGAGAUCUGAAAGUCGUUACAGUUCACUGGUUUAUGGUUAAGCAUACAGAAUAGAAGUAUGUUAGAUCCUUAUUAAUGCAGGGAGUCUGUAUAGGUGAGGAAACUCCAGCAAGCAAAGCUAUUUUAAAGGUAUACACCAGUGUUUUUCAAUCUAAUCUCUGAACCGGAAAUACGAACUGUGUGUGUGUGUGAUUCUCACAAAUUAAAUUUGCAACACAUUUCCCUAUA